GCGGCAGAGUCUGGCUCUUCUAAUCUAUCACAAUGUUAACAUGGCUUAGGUCAGCCUUUCCCAACUAGUGGGCCUGCAGAUGUUGUUGGACCACAAUUCCCAUCUUUGCUUUCCAUGCACUACAGCAAUGCGUUGCUUGCUUAGCCUAGAUAUAGGAACGGCCCUCCCUUAUAGAUUUGCAACUUUUUUCGCUGAGCAGCAGAACACUUGCAAGUAUUCCACUGGGAAUUCCUGGUACUAAGCGUCAGCCCUGAUGCAGUAAUAAUGCCACAUGAAAUUGUGCUUUACAUCGGCUCUACUACAACAACAUGCUUGUUCCGGCUUUAAUUUCAGCAACUCGGCUCCCUUAUGGAACAAACGCCUUUGCGCUUAAAAACUACAGUUUCCACAAUGCCAAGCGAAACUUGCCGGCCAACCAGUAUAUAACCCUUAUGCGCCAAGCGUGUUUUGGCGUGUUCCCAAGCUUCCUACAGCCGAGCGGCGCCAUUGGGUCGUAACUCCGGGUUACUUUUCGGUUGGUCCCCUUGGCUCUCGGUCCUCCCCUUGCCCGGUGCCCUGAGCGAUGGCCGCAACCGCGGUCGUCUUGGCCGCAGCUCUGGGCGGAGGAUUGCUCCUCAUUGCCCGGCGCGUCUGGUUGGCGGCAGGCAAGGCUAAGCGGAGCGUGGUCGCCGCGGCCGCUUGGAUGGAGGGCAAGACGGUGAUCAUCACGGGAGCCAACAGCGGUCUGGGCCGGGCCACAGCGGCCGAGCUCCUACGGCGCCACGCGAGGGUCAUAAUGGCCUGCCGAGACCGCGACCGUGCCGAGGAGGCAGCGCGCGAGCUCCGCGCCGAGCUGGGUUUGUGCUCGCGGGGUGGGGGGGAGUGCCGCGGGGAACUGCUGGUGCGCGAGCUCGACCUGGCUUCGCUCCGCUCGGUCCGCAACUUCUGCCAGCGGGUGCUGCAGGAAGAGCCUCGGCUGGAUGUCCUGAUCAACAAUGCAGGGAUAUUCCAAUGUCCGUAUAUGAAGACAGAGGACGGCUUUGAGAUGCAGUUGGGCGUCAAUCACUUAGGGCACUUCUUGCUCACGAACCUCCUCCUUGGACUUCUGAAAAGCUCUGCACCCAGCAGGAUUGUGGUGGUUUCUUCCAAGCUUUACAAAUACGGAGAGAUCAACUUUGAUGACUUGAACAGUGAGCUAAGUUACAACAAAAGCUUUGCCUAUAGUCGAAGUAAACUGGCUAACAUCCUGUUCACCAGAGAGUUAGCCCGUCGCUUAGAUGGCACAGGGGUCACUGUCAAUGUCUUACAUCCCGGUAUUGUCAGAACAAAUCUGGGCAGACAUAUACAUAUCCCUUUAUUGGCCAAACCCCUGUUUAAUUUAGUAUCUUGGGCUUUCUUCAAAACCCCUUUGGAAGGAGCCCAGACUUCAAUUUAUCUGGCCUCCUCUCCUGACAUAGAGGGUGUAUCUGGGAAAUACUUUGGAGACUGCAAAGAGGAACAAGUGUUGCCCAAGGCUAUGGAUGCCUUGGUUGCAAGGAAACUAUGGGAUAUCAGUGAAGUGAUGGUAGGGCUACUAAAAUAAAUGCAUCAAAGUAGUGUAAGUAGAUAUUUUUCAGACUUUAUAGUUUCUUGCUUCUGCCCAUUGAUGUAGGUGAAGCCCAAAAUAUUUUGUGUCCCUGGCUGGAAUUCAUAGCUAUUAAUGCAGAAUCUUCUUCUUUUUUCAAAAAGAAAAUAUUCUUGGUAUAAAAUAAAUUAAUAUUUAAAGAAAAGAGAGUUUAAGGAUGCUUUUAUAUAUUUCAGGAUUGAGAAAGAUUUUGCUGUUCUGCAACCCCAAUAGAAAGAUGUCUGUUUUCUAGUCCUUCUUAUCUAAAUUAGCUAUGAAUAGUGCUGUAUUUGAAAUAUGUGGCAGCUUCAUUUUUGUAUUCUAAAAAGGAGUAACAAUAGAAAAGAGAAAUCUCCUAUGAAUCGCUCAAGUCAGUGUGUAUUUUCCUGCUUUCAUGAGAAAAUCCAGCUAAAAAGUGUGUGGUGUGUUAUAAUAACACCACUAUAUGCUGGUUGUCUAGACAUCUCUAGGAGCAGUACUCAGGACACAGUUGAGUGUAUAUUUCAGUCAAAUUCGAAAUGUGCUCAACAACGGAUUGCAUCUUUGAUGUUGCUUGUCUUGGCAAAAUAACCCCCAAUCCAUCAGUUGUUGCCUUACUGGACUCCUUCACCUCAACAGGAACAUCAAUUCAGGCAUGCUUCUUUGACUAGCAGCACUUUACAGAUGUUAUUUGGCCAAACCUUUUGGUUUAGUGUAUGGUACAGGUAAAACCUGUUGCUUUGGAAAUGCUCACUACCUCCUGAUCCACAACUGACUGUUUGUUUGUCACAAUUGCAUAUGUGAAAUUGGUGCAUUGUGUUUCCACAAUUAGUAAGCCAUGCCGUGGCAUGCCUGCAGCUGUUACUGAAACUGUUAUCACAAACACUAGUGUGUGUAAAUAAGUAAGUUUCACUGGUAUCUAUGGAACCUCUUAUUUAAGGAAUAUUAUAGUACAGAAUAGGAUUUUGCAGAGGAUUACCUACAAAGAUUUAACUUUGAUGUUUUAGGGCCUGAUGUCUUUGGAGUAAUUUUGAGUGGUAUAUAUUAACAAAAUUAGAAUGAGAUAUGACACUGAAUUAGAAACUAGAAUCUCGGACCCAAUGAAGUUAAUCACAAAGUUGCCAGUGACUCAUGAAUAAUUAUGCAUAAAGUACAAUUCAUAAACCACCGAAGAAUGCCAUCUGUAAUGCAUUGACGCUAGUGUACUCCCAUUUGGAGUACGCACUGUGGAUUGUGACCUAGGCUGGCACAGCUAGCCCUCUUGGUAAUUUUCUGUUUACUAUAGGACUAAUACAGUGAUCCUGAGCUUGUAUCUAAGAAAUGCCAUAAAUGAAUAUUGGAUUUGGGUGUAAAUUAGCAUGAGUGGUUUCUAGGUCUCUGUGCUGGGAUGCAGCCUAGGUCUUCCUGAGUCACUGGACUGAAGCUGUCAUCUAGGUUAAUGCUACUAAACAAGAACAGUGACAUGCAUUUUACAUAGAUAUAUGUACAGACACACACAUACACUUCAGUCUAAACUAGUCUUCGGUUAACACCUGCUAGAAAUUCUUCACAUAGAUUCUCUGCCAUGCAGAGUUGUUUUUCACAGUAUUUAGUAUUGGCUUUAAUUACAUAAAUGUGCCUCCUUUUGUUCUUCAUAAAUAAAGCUAUGUCAUAAAUAAAAAUACAUAGCAAAGUUA